UUGUUCCUACACAUGCUCUUUUGGACACCCAGUCCUGACGGCGACCGAACUGCUCAUUUUAAAGGACUUUGUUGAAUUUUGAAGCCGAUAAAUGCGAAGGAAAUUGAUCAUACAAGUGCAAACAUUGCACCUAAAGUAAAGCAAUACUUUCACCAAAGUAAGUUAGUCUGUCGUUUCACUGUGGAUGCUGAAACCCUCCUCCACCCCAGCCACCUCCAUUCAGUUCAUCAGCAUCUUUUCAAGGUCCUCACAGGACUGACAGCAAAGGAAACUUUUCAGUUUCUGGAUCUUCAUUAGUGAAACAUGGAGCCACCGUCGGGGCCCUCGCCUGGGCCUUAUGACUACGACCUGCUGGUUAUUGGAGGAGGGUCAGGAGGCCUGGCUGUGGCAAAGGAAGCUGCAGGGCUGAGGAAGAAGGUGCUGAUCCUUGACCUCGCCGCUCCCUCUCCACGAGGCACGAUGAGGGUACUUGGAGGCUCCAGUCUCAAUGUGGACAAUGUCAGGAAGUUUCUACAUCAUUCAGCGCUUCUGGGAGAAGCUUUUCACGGCACUGAGAACUUUGGCUGGAAGACAAAAGAACAUGUGUCUCACAGAUGGAUGGAGCUGAUGGAGGCUGUUAAGGAGCAGAUGAAGACCCGCAGUGAGGAGCUGAGGAGGGAGCUGAAGAGAAGUGGAGUCUUUUACCUGAAUGCUCGUGGAGAGAUUGUAGCACCUCACACAGUCGAGGUGACAGAAAUGAGUGGAAGGAAGCGGCAACUGACUGCAGAGACUCUAGUCAUCGCUACAGGAGAACGACCUCAGUGCCUGGGCAUACCUGGAGACGAGUUCUGCAUCACCAGUGAGGAUCUGCUCUCCCUGCUUUACCCCCCAGGUAAGACCCUGGUGGUGGGUGGAUCCGCAGAGGGACUUGAGUGUGCUGGCUUCAUGGUGGGCCUGGGCAUGCCGAUCUUCGUCAUGCUGCAGCCCGACCUGCUGCCGGGGUCCGAUAAGAAAAUAGCUCAGAAGAUAGAGAACUUCAUGAUGAAUAAUGGAGUGACCUUUCUCUAUCACUGUUCACUCAAAAAGGUGGAGGAGUUUGAAGACUCAGCUUCAGGCCAUGAAAAAGCGGCACAACAUCAGGCAUCCAAGAAGAGAAUUCGAGUGACCUUCACAAACAAGGACAACCAAACCAAAGAGGAGGACUUUGAUACAGUGAUUCUCGCUGUGGGAAAGAAAGCCUGCACUGAAGACAUAGGUCUGGAGUCUGUUGGCGUGCAGUGCAGACAGGAAACUGGAAAAAUCCUGGUGAAUGAGAGGGACCAGACCACUGUUGAUCACAUUUAUGCCAUCGGAUCAGUGCAGCAUGGACGCCCUGCCACUACAGGCCUCUCAGUGCAUGUUGGGAUGCUGCUGGCACAUAGGCUUUACAGAGGAGACAGCCUGUUGUGUGAUUACACCAAUGUGCCCUCUGUUGUGCUCACUCCUCUUGAAUACGCUGCCUGUGGUCUCUCUGAGGAGAAAGCCAAUCUGACAUUUGGAGAAGACAACGUGGAGGUGUAUCACAACUACUACUGGCCUCUGGAGUGGGAGCUUCCUGCCAGAAAUAAAAACUCUGCCUAUGUUCAAGUUGUCUGCCAUAUUCCUGAUAAGGAGAGAGUGGUUGGUCUCCACAUCUUGGGCCCUAAUGCUGGAGACAUCCUCCAAGGUUUUGUUGCAGCAAUGAAAUGCGGUCUUACUAAAGAACAGCUGGACGCCACAGUGGGAAUCCAUCCUGGGUCAGCUCAGGUUCUCACCUCUCUGACCCAGACCCAGCGGAUGUCUGAGGCCUUGAUGAUGAGGGGCAACUGCUGAGGUUAGCCCCCUGCUGUCAAUCACCGCUGCCUGGAGCAACAGCGGAAGACAGCAGGGGAGUGCUUAUGUUCACCCCCAGGAGGGACUGCAGCAGAACAGCGACCUGACUGUCCAAUGACGUCCUCACCUGAAGCCAGAGUGACAGGCGGGUGAGGACCGAUGCUCUGCUGCUGAGACACUUCCUGUUUGUAUGGUUUGUUUUCACUUUUUAUGAAUAGAUUACUUUGAAAUACACAGUCACAUAAAUGCAUUCUAAUGGCUUUUAACUGUAAAGGCGUUGAGACGCUCCCUGAGGUUCUGCCCCUGAAAGCCUGUGUAAGCUUGAGCUGAGUUUUUAAAGGCUGCAGGAGAGUGAUAAGACUCAGGGGUUUGAUGCAUUUACAUGCAGAAGCUCAGACUUUACGCAGUUUUUAUUGCUUUGGUUGAGCCUCGGGGGUUUUACAGCCUUAAUUUCAUGUAAUGAACUAGACGAGGAUUAUAGAAUUAACCAAAUUAAUAGUGUUUAUCGGUGAAUGCUCGGCUUUAAUUGAUGCAUACGGUGCCUUUAUUGCGACAUUAGGCAAGAGUUCCUGCCGCUUUCCCUUGUUUGCUUUCUCUCUUUUAUAUUCUCUCUCUGAUUCAGCGCCGCCAAGCAAAGCAACUCCCUUCAAACAACUGUUGAAUAUUCAUGCAGGAUCAUUAAGUGAAGUGUCUCAUACAAAUGAAUGCAGGGACCGGAGUGCAGAUAUUUUUAAAAGCACGCCGCUGACCCUCUAAGUUUCCUGCACCACCUCUGCUCUGCACUCUGCAUUUAAAUCAGAGAUCUUCAUCUGCGAGCAUGCAACAUGGGCGUGCCUCAUGCAAGGGCAUCAUUUUCAUUCUCUGGGUGUCUUUGCAGCUUUUCCACGAGUGCACGGACUCCCAUCCGUUCCAUGUUAAUGUCUCUCGCUGCCAUGUGUCACCUCCUGAGCAAUGCAGAUGCAAAUUUUUGAUGAUUUACCCUCCAGACCACCUUCUGAUUCACUCUCUGACAGAGCUGCUUGUGUAAGGAAGACAGAUCUCCUAAUUAGAAAAAGUGCACAGGACUGUGUCUCUUCUGGCAUGUGCCUGAAAAUGCCAUUAGAGCAUAAUUCGAUCAAAGCGGAGAAGCUUCUGUGACUUUGUGAGAGUUUCAUGGCAAGGUUAAGAUGCUGCAGAGAGGUCUAUCUAUCACUGCCUGCUGGUCUUGGAUCGAGUUCAGGAAUCAGGAAUCUCAGAUGACCUCUGUGCAGUGAAAGCAGCUGCCACUAGAUGGCACUGAAGCUGUAUGUGGAAGAGGCAAACAAACUUACUAGUUUCUCACAGCUGGAGAGGUAAUGGAAUACAACUGAUUCAGAAAUGAGUAAAAAAAGGAUAUUUUCUCUUCCACCACUAUUACUGAUACUACAGCUGCUGUAAAUAACAGUUACUGUGCUCUGAAAAAGUCUUAGCAAAGUUAAUGACCACCCACAUUAAUAAUCAGCCUCUUUGUGAAGAUACAAACACAAAUCAGGGCUCUCAAUGAAAACAGAAACAAUGACAAAGACAGUAUUGGUAGAAUCAUAGCACCUCUAUAUCCUCCGAUAAAAAUGGACUCCAUAAUCGAGACAAAUUUAAGGAAGCAUGGGCACAAAACCUGCAGCCAAUGGCAGAGAAUUAUCAUGGAUUUUCAGAAGUAAGCAGCACAAAGCAUGACUGAGGAACAGCAACAGAAUGGCAGCUUUCAGCAGUACUCUCCAAUCCAGUGCCAAAACGUUCAUUUGUUUGCAAAUUAGAGCACUGGUUCCCAACUUCUUUUCCUUAGGACCUCCAAACCCACAUCUAAGAAAAGCUGAGCCCCCCUAGGGCCCAUGUGGAAAAAAGUACAAAUCAAUUUUAAUUGUUUUCAUUGACAAAAUCCAAACAUAACAGACGUACAGGCACUUGUUCUUGAAAAAUAUCUAUGUCUAAAAUGUCCAAUAUUAUGAAUGUGUAUUAGGGCCACUCUAGGUAAAGAAUAAUAAAGAGGAUGUUUAAAUUUCAAGAAAAACGUAAGAAAUAUCAAGCUUAAAAAGUCACUAACUUACGAGGCAAAAAAUAGAGAUUUUUAACUUAACUUAAAAAUCGGAAAUGUACAUUAACCAGUAUGUAGAUUUUUUUUUUGGAUUAAAAAGUCAAAAAAUUGAAUCAACAAAACAAAUGGCUGCCAAAUGGCAGACACUUAAUAUUAUAUUCAAGAUUUCAGCAUAAUACUGACAAAUAGCAAUAAUAUCCAAACUCUGAUGUCUCUUUGAAUGUUGGAACAGCAAAGUGUGACACAUUUCUGUUGCUUGAUUUGUGCAGGGAGAUGUAUUUUAUUGAAGGAGGGCUUACUUUGAGUGAGAGGAACUGAGUAUGUGUUUUGUCUCAUGCCACAUGUGCCAGGUUUGUGCCUCUUGUACUUCUGAACUUUUCCCAUUUGUUGCAACAAAGACAUCUGUUUCUUAUUCAUUAUUGUCAUUUAUUUUUUUCACCUCAUGAAAAUUUGGCACAGAUUAUGGAGUUGUCAGAACUGACAGUCUUCGUUUGGUAAAUUGGAUCAUAAUAAGCACCUGAUAUCUGUCGUCAUCUGAGACCCACAGUGACUAUUUGACCCCUACCUGCCAAGCAGCAAAAAUACUCUUUAUGUUCAUUGCUGCCCGUUUGAUAAAGCUCUAAGUGAACUUUUUCAGACCUAGACCCAGGAGAUAAAUGCUAUCCAGGAGGCUAGCGCUAAUACUGCUGAUACACAAGCAUGCUUUGGUGUUAGUAGCACAAAUAUUAUUAGCAGUCAUUUUAGGAGAGUCUAUCGACAGUGCCUUUUAGGAGCCCAGCCACUUCUGUGGGCAGGCUUUGGUUCCCAAUGCAGCUCUUGUAUGAAAAACAUCUUGAAAAUGAGGGGAAAUUAUGCAAAAAGAUCCACUUUUUGGAAAAAGAGUGCUCUCCCCAUUCUCCCUGGAGGACUUUGGGUCUGAACUGUGAUCCUUUGGAAGAUGUUUUGGGGAGAUUGUAAAACAAAAUCCAUUUUGAUCAGGUAAGAUCAACAGGUGAUUCUGUGUCUACUGGGAAGAUAAGACUCUGGAGUCAGGGACCCUACAAAGAACAAA